AUGCAAUCGAAGGGCGUGCGCCGCUACAGACCGGGUCAGGCACCCAAAUGGGCGAGCGAGGAUGGAGAGGACGCCAGCCUGCCUGGCCCAUCAUCUGCCGCCGCGAAGCUGGCCGGCGCCUCGGCGCCUGCCAAGAGCGGUGCCGCCACGGGCGGCGGGCGGUGGGACGUCGUGGGCAAACCCGCGGCAGCGGACGAGCAGCAGGACCGUCGGCUGCGACGGGCGGCCCAACGACAUACCAGCCGCGACGACGACCAAGGUGGCGGUGGUGAAGAGGACGAGGACGAGGCGCUGCGUCGGGCCGCUCGCCGUCGCCGCCAGGAGGCCGAAGUGGUCUUCAUGGCCUCCUCCUCCUCAUCACCUUCUUCUUCAUCAUCCGCCUCGGCCGAGGACGGAGGACGUCGCCGUCGCGCGGUGGCCGAGGUGGUGGUGGCGACGGCUCCCGCCAACGGUGCACGGGCCGGCGACGCCACCUCCGCGGACGAUGAUGAAGACGAGGAGGAGGACAGCGUGCUGGAGCGGCGGAUGCGGCUCAAGGCCAAGAUCCGGGAGCAGGAGGAGGAGGACGAGGAGGAGGAGCUGGCCAAAAUGGAGGACGAGGCACGCCCCUCCCUUCAUCACAUUCCCCCCCCCGCAGCCGCCGCUCGUACCAUUGGAUUGGGGGGUGCCUCGUCUCACGAAGAGGAGGAGAGCGAGGAGGAGGGCAGUUCGGAGUACGAGACGGACACGUCGGACAGCGAGGACGAGGGGGGCUACGGCAGCCGCCGGCCCGUCGUGGCGCCCACCUUCGUGCGCAAGCAGGACCGGGACACCAUCCGCGAGCGCGAGCGCAAGGAGCAGGAGGAGGCCCUCCAGGCCCAGAAGGAGGAGGAGCAGAAGGAGCGCAGGAAGGCGCAGACGCGGGAUCUGCUGGUGGAGGCCAUCCAAAAGGAGCGCGCCGAUGCCCAGCAGAACGAGGGCGGCGACAACGACGGCUCCUCUUCCGAGUCCGAGGCCGACCCCGAGGAAGAGGACGAAGAGGCCGAGUUCGAGAAGUGGAAGAUCCGGGAGUUGAAGAGGAUCCGACGGGACCAGGAGGAGAAGCUGCAGUGGGAGAAGGAGCUCCAAGAGAUCGAGAGACGACGAGGCCUGUCCGACGCGGAGAUCGCGAAGCUCGACGCGGAGGCGCUGCAGCCCAAGGAAAAGAAGAAGUGGAAGUUCCUGCAGAAGUACUACCACAAGGGCGCCUUCUACCAGGACGACGAGCUCGUCAAGGAGACCGAUUAUUCGGAGCCCACGCUGGAGGACAAGUUCGACCGUACGAUCCUGCCCAAGGUCAUGCAGGUCAAGAACUUUGGACGCGCCGGCCGCACCAAGUACACCCAUCUCGUCGACCAGGACACCACCUACCUCGGCGGCGGCAAGACCAACCCGUUCGCGCGUCCGGGCGAGAAUCCGGCGGGAGGCGCGCCUGCGGCACCGGCAGAUCGGUGGGACCCGUGGAGCGUGGCGCCGGCCCUCCGCGCCAAGUACACGCAGAAGAUGGGCGGCGUGGGCAGCGUGGACGACCCCCUCCACCGCAAGCGGAAGAGGCCCGGCGCCGACGGCCACCAGUAG